AUGUUGCAGUCUAGUAUAGACGAGUUGGAUCCUGAGAUAGGUCGUGAUCGUCGUUCGUCAGCAUCUAGUGAAGCGGGCGACGUUAUCGCUAGGGAGACAAGACGCGAUCGAGAACUAUUGGACAGAUUACGGGAAGAGAAUGAACGACUCAAGACGUUUGCUAGUCAGCAACGUGAACAUAUCGACGAGUUGAGUAGUGAAGGCGCACGGUUACGAUCGGAACUGGCGGCGGCGCGGAUACGACGCGACAUCGCAUCGCAGCCGCUCCGGCCCCGCACCGCGCCCGCGCACGACCAUACACUGUUUGUGCCAAAAUAA